ACCCGCUUCCUGGCGCUUCUCGCGCCUCCCGGCCCCACCCCUGCUGGCUGCAGGUGGCUCGGCAGGUCCGGAGAGGCUGCGAAACUCGGAGCAGAACCAGGUGGGAGAGUGAAACCCGAGUCUUCCCCAGGCUCUGCCGCGGGGAGGAGGGGCAGGCACCGGCCUGGGCCGGCCAGCCCCCUCCCUCCGAAGAACAAGGAAACGCGUCCGUGAAAAGGCGCGGAGAGGCGCCGGGGCUUGGAGGGGGACUUCUGCUGGGAUUCUGAGCUGCAGAGAGGAUGGGACCGAAGACCUGAGCGCGCAGGCGGAGCGGCCGGGCGAGGAAGAGCGGCGCGAUCCACAGUUCCCUUCAGGAAGAAGCCCAACAAGAUGUCUCGGUCAGAGAGGCCGCAUCGCGAUAAAGAUUACAGGCGCAGAGAGAACCCCACAGCUAGCAGAUAUAUUGAAGAAAGAAGUAGGAAACCUUAUCCAUCCAAUGGAAGGACACUGCAAGCAUCACUCUAUUCCGAGCAUUCAAGGCCUCCCACGGUUUUUGCAGACUCGCUCCCCAAAUACCCGGCUCCAAGUCAUGUGUCUGCUGAACCCUCUGCAGAAUUUUAUCCUCCCAAAGAGACCUUUUCUGAGAAAUGCUCCAACCUGUGCUCAAGAAGAGGUAUCUUGCAGUUUGUAGAAAUCAUUGUCAGCAUUCUAGUGCUGAUCUGCAUUGGAGCAUCCCAGGCCGCCAUUUCAGGUUUCAGUGCCAUGGGAGGCUUAGGAUCCUUCAGCAUCGAUUCAUCCUAUAGCCCCUUUGAAGGGACUGAACUAAAAGAGGUGAGAGAUCUAGACAUGCAGUACAGCCAAAUGAGAGCUCCAUGCGUCUACGGAGGGGUAGCCUUCAGCCUGACAAUGAUGGCCCUCACCCUCCUCUUCCUCAUCACGGGAGGAAAGCCGAUCCAUCGCCUCUCGGUCCGGUUGCUCGUCGCUGAAUGCAUCUUUGAUGUCCUGGCUUGCCUUGGGUAUAUAGUAGCCGUUGGUCUCUACCUCCAUUUUGUCAUACAGAUAAAUUCAACCGAUGUGUGCAAGAGGAGAGAGAGAGUCUACGCAAGACGAGGGUACACGUGGAUGAACUGUGAGGUACAAGGCGGGGACGCAGCUGUGGCUCUCUUUGGCCUUGUGGCGGCAUGCCUGUAUUUCCCAAGCGCCGUGGUCUGUAUUCUCAGCAUCCGAAGUGUGAAGGAGUUUAAGAGGGAAGUGGCCAAGACUCAGUAUAACCUUGAAAGAAAUUACAGGGAAGAAAACCAUCGCAAUGUCUACAAGAGCCCAGAAAGCUGCCAGACCGCCAAGACCUUUGCCACACUAGUGUAGGCCGUGGCAGGAAUUUAAGGAAACACUACACAGCAACCAUGUUGGAAACUUCUUUGCAUUGGAGAGUAGAACUGUGCUAUAUUAAUUUGAGGUGUAGAGAUGUAUAUAACAUAUUUUUUAAAAGAAAGGUUGCUGUAGCUGGGACAAUAAAUGGUAAUUUCAUGCAUAUAUAAAUAAUUGUGCAUAGAUUUUUUUAAAAAAUUACAAACUCAGUGCAAUUCUGUUUAGAUUUGGUCUACCGUUCUUAGUAGAACAGUUCGCCUCAGGAGACAGGUUGGUCUAGGAAAGUAAGAGACUGGCAUUUUAAGGCAGUAUGGUAUGUGAGAAGCAAGGCCUUGCUUGGGCAUGAGAAGCAGGCUUCAAGGUCAGUGCAGGUAUGCGAGGGGCUGGCAGGCUUUGUGAAGUACAAAACGCUGAGGAAAGGAGGAGGGCGAAAGGGGAAGCCCUGGCAUAAAAAUGAGAAGGCAGUCGGGAAACCGAUGCAGAGGUUUAACAGAGAGGCUCCUUCUCUGCACCUAGAUGUAGCCAAAAACUAACCUAGCUUGCUUCUUGAACUUCCUUUUUUGUUCUUCUAGUCCACUGUAAAUUCUGGAGUGGGUUAGUAUGUAGUUUCUUCAGAGCAGUUUAAAAUACUGGUCUGGAUCAAGGAAUAGAGUUGCGACAAACACAACAGGGAAGACACGUACAUGCCUUAAAAGCUAAUUAUAUGAGAUACUGAGAAAUUGGGAAGAAACCUUUCCUUAUGGGGUAGAAUGCUAACUUAAGGGGAAAAAAUCUCAAAAGAAGAAAUGUAAAUACAUGCAGAGCCGGGUACUGUGCUUUUCUGUUUAAUUUGGAGUGGUGGUGGUGGUGGUGGUAACCUUAAUAUAAUAUAAAAACCUUAAAAUUUGAAUUUCUAAUUUUGGAGGAUUAAUUUAAGUAAAAGGUUACAUGUGAUCUCAAGAUAAUAAUGCCUAAGCCAGCUAGGCCUACUUGGACUCCACCCCUUCCAGGUGUUUUUAAAAAUGGGAACAGCUGUGUGGAAUCCUGGGUCAGAUUGGGGCAGUGAUAUUAGGGAGAGAGGGACUUAUCCCUUCCUCCUGUCUAGUUUCACAGUAUGAAAUAGAUCCCCGUACUGUUAGGUGCCUGUCUUUACUCUCUCCCUGCUCCGAAUACAAUGGCAAUCAGUGGAACUUGCCCAUAUUGAGAAGGGAAGUUAAUUCUUCCCCAUUGCACAACUAUGAUGUGAAUGAGGGUCCUGCAUGGUAAUUUCUCUCUUAAAAAUGUGCACACGCAUGCGUGCGCACACAGGAGAUCUAGGCUAGCAUCUCAGGAUUUUAAAUCUGCAGGUCUGGCUUGCUCUCUCUUGGUGAUGUGCAAAUGGAACAGGCCAUGUGUGAAUUCACAGGCCAGACAGCGGCUCCAGCUCCCAAGACCAUAAUGAACCUACCUGGCCCCUGCAGUCAUCUUCAGAGGCCCUGCUGCAGGUGCCCCAGCCUUCUGAGGUUAGGCAGGUGGCAACCCAGCAGAGGACCUUCUCCGUUGUGGCACCAAAAUUCUGGAACUCUCUUCUCAGGAAGAUUCACCUGUCCCCUUUUGCCAUCUUCCACCAGUAGGUGAAGACGUUUUUGUUUCAUUUGGCACUCCCUCAGUGAACCCUUCCCCCUUUCCAAUGUUUUAACUGUUCUUUAUCUUUUCUAUUUAUUUUAAGCUCUGGAUUGAAAUUGUUUUACAGGUGUAUUCGUGUGUUGGUUUUAAUGAUUUUAAGAGGAGAUUUUAAUUUGUAUGCUUUUUUAGCUGCCUUGGUGUCCCCUUGAUGGCAGAAAGGCAGGGUCAAAACCUUGUGAAAAUAAAAAUAAUCAUCACCAUGCAGAGUCAAGUACUCUCUCUCUCACUUGAAUGAUACACUAUGGACAGGGCAGUCCCCAUCUUUGGAAUUCUGACACAGGGUGGUGGGUGCAACCAAAAUGGCUGCCAGACAGGAAGCUGAGCCAACGACAAAAUGUCAGAGAAUGAGGUGAUGCACAACUCUUAAUUUGUAACUCUUACUAUGUUACAAGCAGAAGCUGCUUAAUAGGAUGACUUUUUAAAUGAACAUAUUGUUUCAAAGAUAUUGUCUUGCCUACACACAACUUACCUUCAGUCAUUAAGCUGAAGAUCCUUGUGCUGCGGUGGCAGCUGCGGGCAACACAGUUUUUUAAAAAUCUAACAGCCAAACUCCAAUAGCCAAUCAGAAGCCUUGCCGGGCAAAGGCCACCCAUGGCCGCACCCACUUUCUAAAAAUGCUUGGCAGGCACCACAUUGGGGACCCCCUGCCCUGUCAAAAUUGUGUCAGGAUAGCUACCCCACACUAGUACUUCUAUUUAUGGCCCUUUAAAUUAAUGGCGGUUCGAUUAAGCCUUGAUAGAGCAAGCAUUGUUGCAUUUUUCUAGUUGUCACCUCCCCUAGUGUUUUAGCAUGAGUUUCAUGUGUUAAUUCCUUCUGCCUUGUCUUGAACUUAAUGCCCAUAAAUGUCACUGGAUGACUCUAAGUUUUAUGAGGAGGGAGCAUUUUCUGUUCAUUGAGGUAACAACAGAAUUUUGUAUUGGACACAAACAUGUAUCGUGAUAACCAUCCAGUGGUUAUCUUGAUUGUAUACAUCCCAUGGGGAUGACUCUCCAUUUGAAAACUGAAAGGCAAUUUCUCCUUCUCACUCCCUAUACCAUUUUAACUUGAUGUUUUUGAAAAUAGUCUGGACAUUUUAGUAGUUUAUGUCUCUAAGCGCCAGUUCAAGGGGUUGGCUGUAACCAGGGCUUUUUUUCAGCAGGAACACGGUGGAACAGAA